AGAAAACAGAGUACAUAAAACCAGAAAGUAACCAUUUCUUUAUGGGUUAGCAAACCGUAUUUACACUUGCGGUUACACAAAGUUUAAAUCUUUCAUAGUGGCGAGAAAAAGGGUGACCACUCAUAAUAUACUCUAGCAAGCAACAAGCAGUUCCAUCAUCAAUUUCCAAACAAAUGCCAACCCCUUCGAUUCUCUGCUGCUUCUUCUUCUAUUUCUUCUGCAUUUUCAUCUCCUUCUGCCUGACAGAUGGCACCCAACUCAUACUAGUAAACAACUGUCAAGAAAGCAUAUGGCCUGGAAUCCUCGGCAGUGCAGGCCAUGAAACUCCCAGAGAGGGAGGUUUCCAUCUCUCCUGUGGUGAACAGACAGUCCUGGAAUUACCUGAACGAUGGUCAGGUAGAAUCUGGCCAAGACAAGGCUGCUGUUUUGACCAAACCGGCAAAGGUUCAUGUCAGACUGGAGACUGUGCAGGGCUUUUAGAAUGCAAAGGCACUGGAGGCAAACCGCCGGCAACUCUUGUUGAAAUGACGCUUGGUGGUCCAACAUCUCCCUUACAUUAUUACGAUGUGAGUUUGGUCGAUGGAUUCAAUGUUCCUGUCUCAAUGGUGCCAAUAGGUGGUGGCGUUGGAUGUGGGGUCGCAGCUUGUGAGGCUGAUCUGAAUGUCUGUUGCCCUGCUGCCUUGGUUGUGAAGAAAGAAGGGAAGGUGGUGGGGUGCAAGAGUGCAUGUUUGGCUGCAAAAACAGAUAGGUAUUGCUGCACUGGAGAGUUUGCCAAUCCCAAAAGUUGCGCACCUACGGUUUUUGCUAAUCUGUUUAAGGCCAUUUGCCCCAGGGCUUAUAGCUAUGCUUAUGAUGAUUCUUCAAGUCUUAAGACUUGCAGGGCUUCUCGCUAUGUCAUUACAUUCUGCCCUCCUAAUUGAUGGAAUGGGAUAUACUUACUGUAACUGUUGCUGAGCACUGGCUUUCUGUUGUGGUUGGUUCAAGUUUAAUUUUUAUUCUGUCAUGAGUAACUGUAUGUCUGUAGUUCAAGUUGAUAAGAAAUCUAGAUCAGUUCAAGUUGGCAAGUUUUCAAUUGUUUUGUUUUGUUAAUAUUGUGGCUUUAGUGUAUGUUCUUGUACUGAUUUCA